UUUAACUGACUUCUUAAUCUUAACCGCAAGUUUUUUCGUCAUUGGAUCGAAGCUAACAAAAUGAGUUUGCCACAUGCACUGGUGACUUUGUUAAUGUUAGCAGCUUCUUCCUGCCAUGGGUUUUCGAUUACAGGCCACCGACACGAAAGGUCUUUAGAGGAGGAUGAAGACUGGGUACGUGGCAAGGAAGAGGCUGCCAAUUUAUCUUCCACCAUUAAUGAAAUACUAGCCAAUUAUGACCCUAAACUCCGCCCUAAUGCCGGAGGUGAACCUGUUGAAAUCACCGUGGAGAUCAAAGUUGUUUCCUUUGGAGAGCUAAACGAGGCAAACAUGGAUUAUUCGAUGGACAUUUUCUUCCGCCAGUGGUGGUACGAUCCAAGGUUCAGGCAUAAUUCUAGCACACCAUUUAACAUGGCAGGAGAUCCUUCCAAGCUCUUCUGGACUCCGGACACAUAUUUCUUUAAUGUAAAAAGAAUAAAGUACCAUUAUGUCACUCGCGAGAACAUGCGAGUCAUGAUUUACUCCACAGGGAAAAUAUACUUCAGCGCAAGAAUAACCUUGACGGCGCAAUGUGACAUGGACUUCCGACUUUACCCAAUGGAUACCCAACACUGUCCUCUGAUCAUUGAAAGCUAUGCUCAUACUACUGAUGACGUGGAUUAUAAAUGGAGAAAAACUGUCGCAAACAAAGGAAAAGGGAUCGAAAUUGUUUCCCAAGAGAUGGCUCAGUUUGAGUUGGCUGGCAUAGACACGAAACUAAGAGACACAAAGAACAGCAAAGGUUCGUUCGCCGGUCUGAGCGUUAUAUUCUCGUUCAAACGCCGUCUGGAAUAUUUCGUUUCUUCGGUUUUCUCUCCAGGAGUGACUCUUGUCAUGCUCUCAUGGUGCUGUUUCUGGAUUUCCCGUGAUGCUGUUCCCGCACGUGCGUCACUGGGUAUCACAAUAAUUCUUACAGCCAUCGUGCUUUGCGGCUCAGUGAACGAAGCCAUGCCACCAGUCAGUUACAGUAAGGCUCAAGACUAUUUCUUACUAGUCAGCUUUGGGUUCAUUUUCCUUUCAUUUCUGGAGUUUGUGAUUGUAUUGAACACUGAUCCUGACCCUAAAUGGCUACAAUGUCUCUUGGUGUGCCUGAGAUUACGACCCAAAAAGAGAGGAAAACAGCCACUAAAACUUAUGGAUGUCGUACGCGAGAAAGAGAAUAGCUCCAAUACUGAGCCAGAUACAGAACUCAUCGACGCUGAGAUCAGCCACUCCCCUGAAACUAGUACACCCGCAGUAAAUAGCCACGUGGGAGGGUGUGGUCACACACUUACUCAGCGAGUAGUGGUCUCUAACGGAGGCCAAGGAGCUACAGUGAUGUUAUUCGAUAACACGGGUGCAAUGCAUCAAGGCAAGAUUCAGGUCAAACCUAUCAAUAAAGACCCGCCUAAAAAGAGGAAAAAAAUCAGCUCCCACUGGGUCGACAUAAUUUCCCGAAUUAUCUUCCCAGCCAGUUACAUUGCCUUCCUUGUUUUGUUUUGGCGUAACUUUGUAGAUCAAGCACCAUUCUAAAAAUCACCGACUUAAGAUUUUUUUUUUU